AUGCCAGCUGCAACGGGUACGAAGCGCGUGAGGGGUGUUUCUGUUUUUAGGCCGUUUGUCUUUGGCAGCGAGGCGCGGCCGUUUGACCCCGAUAACAGACCCGAGGGAGUCCCUGAGGACCAUACACAUCAAUGGCGCGUGUUUGUUAAGGGCGUGGAUGACGAAGAUAUAUCAUACUGGCUGAAAAAGGUCCAAUUCAAAUUGCAUGAGACUUAUGCACAAAAUGUUCGCUCGAUCGAAUCGUCGCCUUUCGAAGUGGUGGAGACGGGCUGGGGUGAAUUCGAGAUUCAAAUCAAGCUCUACUUCGUACCAGAGUCGACAGAGAAGCCUCAGACCCUGUGGCAUAGCCUGAAGCUGCACCCGUAUGGAGCUGACGCGGAGGGGAAGAAAGAGCGGCGGGAGGCGGUCAUCAGUCAGAACUACGAGGAGAUCAUGUUCAACGAACCCGUCGAGCAAUUCUACGAGAUCCUCACCGGCGGUUCGACACCAGCGCAGCCACAGAAAGGGAAAGGGUCCAAGAACGCCAAACAAGCGCUCCAGCAGCAGCAGGGCACACGGACCGCCGAGAUUCCCUAUAACGAGAGCCCGAAGAAUCCUUACAGCAGAACCACGGAGAACAAAGAACUCGACCGGUUAGCGGAAGCAAACAAAACCGUGGAGCAGAUGAUCAAGGAAGAAAAGGAACGGCUCAUCGAUCGAGAGAAGAAAUUGGCACAACUGAGAGAAAGCGAAGGACUUCCGGCCAUGAACAAGAAGAAAUAA